AUGGCGAGGAGCAGGGCGAUUUCCGAAUAUACCGAGGCCGAAGAUAAGAGCCUGCGGUUGGGUUUUCUCCUUAUCGCCGCCGGGUUGUUCUCCCUCUUGGGUUUGGGUUGUUGCUGGUUACGGCCGGCCUUGCAGGAGCGGGGGGGAGGCAGCUCGGCUAAUUGCACCGUGCUGGCGGUACGGCAGCUCGGGGAACGGUUUUUUUGUACCUUCUCUUGAGGGACGGCCUGCCGAGGGGCAGCCCGCUACCCCUGCCUCCAGGUCCUGGUCCGCACCUCCCGCUCCUCAGCCCCCGCUCUGCUCCAUGAGGACGAACGACAGCUCCGCACCAACCCCAAGUGUUCGUACAUCCCUCCCUGCGCAAGAGAUGAUCAGGAGAACUCUGAGAACGUCACGUACAAGCAGAAAUACUGGAAAGAGAAAGUGGGUUCGCAACCAUUUACAUGCUAUUUUAACCAGCACUUGAGGCCAGACGAUGUGAUGCUGAAGCGCACCCACGACGAGACCGUCCUCUUGCACUGCUUCCUCUGGCCUCUCGUUACGUUCCUGGUCGGAGUCCUCAUCGUGGUCCUGACCAUCUGUGCCAAGAGCUUGGCUGUCAGAGCAGAGGCGAUAAAAAAGAAGAAGCAUUUGUAAACGGCAAGGCUGCUGAUGGCAAAGAAAAAGCUGCCAGAAGGUCUCAAGCUGGGCAACUCAACACACCUGCAGGUCUGCGGGGCACCCAGCUGCGCCU